AUGGAGCUGACGAAGCGCGGGAGGCCAUCAGGCUACGUGCCAGAGGACGACGCGGACAUUGCUGAGGAGCAAGCAGUGACUGAAUCUGAGGAGAUCGAAGACACCAAGCCGCUUGCCAAGCGCUCUUCAUGCGCGGCAGAGGCCGAGGAGGACAAGCCCGACAAGAACCUCCUGGACGCCCAGAUGGAGAAAAUGAGAAAGCACUGCGUGGAGAACAACAUCACAGAGCCCUCCAUGACGAUCCUGAAUAAGUACCUGUACAACGCGUCCCUGAAGUCGGGGGCUUGGCAAAAGCUCAAGGCAGCUCGCGGGAAGAAGGACAUGUCGGUUCAGGAGGCUUGGGCUGCUCUGUGCGAGUCGAAAUCUGGCAAGAAGACGGACAUCAAAAACGACGUCCUGUUCGCCUUCGUGCGGGGCGACGCGAAGUGGGCCGAGCGCCUCGAGAAGCAGGUCUCCACUCUUUCGAAGGAGGAGAAGCGCGAGGUGAAGCAGCAAGAGUUCACCAGGGCAGAAUUGGAGCGCAUCCACGGGUACGAGGAGACGGACGCCUUCAUUGCGAAAGGCAAAUUCGUGGCAUUCCAGGACUCGUGGGGAGAUACGGUAUACAUCAAGUCGACCAAGUCUCGCACCGAGAGCAUGGCGCUGAAGAAGGACAAGAUCACCGAGAGGUCGCGCCGCCUCGACGACGGCAACCACGCCGAGAGCACCGAGGCUGCCGAGGGGUUCUUCGACUCCAGCGCAGCUUCUUUCUUCGGCGGCCAGAAGAUGAUCAAGGACGGUGGCAAGAAGCACAAGGGCAAGGCUUCGGGGUCAGCAAUGGCGAUAGAGGACGGAGAUGUGGGCGACCCUCCAGAUACCAAGAAGGAGCAGACCUGUGAGCAGAAAAUGACGGCAGUGGUGAACAAGACUGGCAACCUGAUCACGAAGUUGACGACGGCGCAGAUCGCGUGCGGCAAGGACCCGAUGGCGAAGGCUGUGGGCGCCUCUCUCAAGGCAGCCAUUGACGACCUAGCGAAGACCAACAAGGCUAACAUGAAGCUCACGACGGGAGCCUCCGCUACUGAUGUCAACAAAGCGGUGAGGCUGUUCAAUUCAAACACCGAGAAAGCGAAGACCUUGCUUGCCAAGGCCAAGCCGUUCGCCAAGUAGGUUGGCAGUGUCAAGCCGUUCGCCAAGAGUUCCACGCUCGCAGACUGUCAUGAUCGUAGCCGCCGACAGCGUCUACAGCGUGACGCAGACUGCCGACCUGAGACGGU